AUGAGCUCCAAGGCUCGCAACACAGCUCUGGGACUGCUGAAGGAAGAUUGGACUCAACUCAUCUGCCCAGCAGAAGGAGAAGACUCCGUCUUUCAGAUGAACCUGAGACACCAACUAAAGAUUCUGUCUGCGGCGCUACCGAGAGAAGAGCUGAGCCUGAGUGAGCACGGAGCCAGUCACCGCAGCGGUCCCCAACCUUGCCUCUCUCGGGAGCAACCUAGAGCCGUCAGGACAACCAGGGAAGGUCGAAGGCCUGAUCACCCGACGCCCGACCCGCAUCAACUAGACUUAUCCCCAAGAAGUGAACUCAUCCUCACUGGACUUUUUGUCUACACUACCGGCUUCAUCAUUGGGGCAAGUGUCGAUGGUAGGUUUCCAGAUCACUCGCAAAAAUCAGCGAACAACGUCAAGACAGAGAGUUUGAACACAGAGCCUGGAGACGACUACAAGACAUCGGACAUUGACAUGGGCUGUUGCAUGAGAGCUGCAUCUUCACCAAUUGAAGUGAUCGAUCUGACUUCACCGCCACCAGUGGCCCUAGUGUCACCGGUCCAAAACCCAAUGCAGGGAUUUAAUGUGGACUUUAUAACGCCUCAAAACCAGGCACAAGGAUUUGCAGAGGGCGACCGCUCUACGAUAGACGGGGGAGUUUGGGGACAGACUUCGGGAUUCGUGGAAAACACUUUAACACCGCCGGUCCAAAACCCACUGCAUUUUAUUGUGGGGUUUACAAGUCCAAACUCAAGUCACGGGAUUGCGCCACUGACGGCCUCAACGCUGGAUGUGACAGAGGGAGAAAACGACACAGAAUUCGAGGAAAACACAGCAGAGUCCGAUGUGGGACAAGAAACGGGACAGGAGGAGACAUCUGACGCUGGAGUCUACAACCAGGAAAGAUUUCAUUAUUUUCCAGAUAGUGAAAGUGAAUAUGUUGACAUGCAAGCUCUAAAUCAGAGGGAUAUAGCCUCAGACAGUGAUGGAAUUGGAACAGUGGAUUUCAACACCUCUGUGCUAAUUGUCGAACAAGUGUUCAGAAGAUACAUGUAUGAUAUAGCAUGUUUAAAUCGCCGCAUGAUUGAGAAUAUAUAUAAUCAACUUAGACAGAACGUUAGACGCAGGCAUUCCGUCAAUUCAUAUUCAGCUAACGCUAGACGUGCCACUCGUGAACAAAGAACACUGCCACAAAGAGUCCAUCGCAGGUUGCAAUUUGAAGACUAAUUUUUGAUCGGGUGAUAAAGACAAAUGGCUGAACCAGAUCACAACAAUUCCCCUGAAAUUAGAGAGCAUCUCCUCCACUUGAUCUCUGAGAUAAACCGAGAAAGAUCUGAAGGCGGGGCUAAUCAGGGUUCUCCCCGAAACAGUCCAAUUCUGCCUCAGCAUGAUUCACCUGAAAGAGGGGGAGAAGUUUUUCUUCCAUCCCCUGAUGAGCUAAUUUCCUUACU